AUGGAUCCAAUUGAUAUUAUUAAUGAUCUUAUUGAAAUCUGUCGUGACCUUUGUCAAAGUUGUUCGUCAUUUCGAAAGAUCUCACAUGCAUUGCAAAUAAUUACGAAAGAUUCUAUGUUAAAAAAUAUAUUUCAAAUAGCUCUUUGUCAUGGUAAUUUAACAGUACCACCACCACCACCUGAUAAACCAGCAUCUAAAACUGAUCGUACUAUAAGCAAGAAGAUAUAUUUUAAUUCUUCGUCGGAUAGUGAUAUUGAAAUAGAAGUAAAACCGAAAAUAAAAUCCAGUGAACGAAUAAUUAAUUAUCCAGAUGAAAAAGAUAUUCUUCAAGAAUUUAAAGAACAGAUAAAUUCAUUGAAACAAAUUACAUUUAAUUUAUUAUAUCGAAUUGAACAACGUUUAUGUGAAAAAUUUCAAGUUAAGAAUUUUCAUGAUUUAGGCCAGGGGGCUUUUAUUGAUUAUAUACAACGAAAUGAACAAUUAUUAUUUCCUGUAAAUAUUAAAUUUGAAUUAUUUUCAUCAAAAUUUCACGAGAAUAAUAAUAAUUCAAUAACGACAAUUCCUUAUGAAGAUAUUGAACAAUUUAUUCUUCAAACAUUCAAUAAAUCAACCGAUCAACAAAACAUAGAACAGAUGAUUUGUUAUCAUUUUCAAAUUGAAUCAUUUGAACAACUUGGUCAUGGUACUUUUCAUGCGUUAUUUAAUUCGAUUAAACAAAAGAAAAAAUUACAUCAUACUUCGAUUCAUUAUGAAUGUCUUAUGUUAGAUGAAUUACCGAUAAUUAAAUACACAACAAAGCCAUCCAUAGAAGAUCUUGAAAAACAAGCGUUACAAGCGAUUAAUCAAUGUCCACUUCUUGGAAAUUUACAUACUGAUAUUCAAUGGAAUUUACAUUUUCGUCCAAUAUUAGGUAAAUUAAAAUCAUUUCUAGUACAGCAUUCAAUUUCAAUACUUGAAAUUGAUCAUGUUACGCUUCUAAAAUUAUCUUCGAAUUCUACACUUGACAUGUUCAAAGAAUCUCUUUAUAAUUAUGAUUCAAUCUUAACUUCUGGACAUCUUGUUUCAAUUCUUGUUCAACAUAAUUCAUUACAGAAUGCUCCAUUAUCUCUUCUGUCUAAUAUCGUACAUACGUUUUUCUUGAGUAUAUCAUCUGAUAGCCAAUUAUAUCAUUUUCUUGCACGUAUAUUCGUACGAAUACCAUAUCUUCUUCUAUCAUCAAUUAUUCAACGAGUUUUUCUCGAACCAUUAGUUACACUUGAAGGUAGUCAAAUGAAAGUACGUGAAACAUUCUGGACAAUAAUCGAUAAACAAGAUUCAAAUAUGAUCAUACGAUUUAUUCAAUUAGGACAACAACUUGGUUUUAGUGAAUGGUCAUUAGAUAAUAGAAAAAUUCAUUCAUCAUCCAUUAAAAUUCCACGAGAAAAACAAUCACUGUCAAUCAUUCCAUCCAUUGAAUCUUCGUCAGUUAUUUCAAAAACUGAACCAAUAUUAUCUGGUAAUAAUCCUUAUGAUGUAAUUGAACAAAUUCGUCGAGAAAAAUUCGGUAUUGGUUUAAAUCUUUCUGAUGAAGGUCAAUGUUUAACUAAUCAAUUGAAAUCACUUGUUGGUCGAUCAUUAGAACGUCUUUCCAAAGAAUUAUAUAAUACUGAUAUGCAUUUUGUUCUUGAAUUAAUUCAAAAUGCUGAUGAUAAUCAAUAUAAUACAAAACCAACAUUAAUUUUUGUUAUUGAUACAAAUUCAAUUAAUAUUUAUAAUAAUGAAUUAGGUUUUCAAGAAAAUAAUAUUCAAGCAUUAUGUGAUAUUGGUAAAUCAACAAAAGGUAAACAUCAAUAUGGUUAUAUUGGACAAAAAGGUAUUGGUUUUAAAUCUGUUUUUACUGUUUGUGAUCAUCCGGAAAUUUAUUCAAAUGGUUAUCAAAUUUGUUUUGAUGCACAUAAUGGUUCUAUAGGAUAUAUAUUACCCAAUUGGUUAUCAACUGAAUGUAAAGAUAAUGAAUAUUUAAAUUGGACAACUCGUAUAUGUUUACCAUUGAAAUCAGAAAAUGAAAUGCAAAAACAUAAAUCACGUUCAUUAACUGAAAGUUUUAAUGAUAUUCAUCCAUCACUUUUACUUUUUCUAAAUCGUCUUCGUUCAGUAAUAAUUGAUAAUCGUUUAACACAAUCAAAACAUAUUUAUGAAAGAUUUGAUAUUCCAGGAACGAGUAUUGUUGAAAUACAUUGUGGACAAAUGAUUGAAAAAUGGUUUGUUAUUAAAAAGCAAUUAAUUAUUCCCGAAGAAAUUAAAACAAGUUUAGAUAAUAUUAUUGAAGUAACUGAAAUAGCAUUAGCAUUUCCUUUACAUGAAAUUAAAAAUAAUGGAGAAAUUAAAUUAAUUAAACAAGAUGUAUACGCUUACUUACCAUUGAGAACGUUCGGUUUUACAUUCAUCAUACAAGCUGAUUUCGAGGUUCCAUCAUCACGUCAAGAUAUAUUAAGUGAUAGUAUAUGGAAUCAAUUUCUUCUUAAUGAAAUUCCAUCUCUCUUUCUUGGCUCACUUGAUCUUUUUCAUGCAGAAAAAUCAUGUUUACCAAUUGAUCCUCUUCGUUUUUUUCUUUAUUUUCUUCCAAAUGAAACUUCAGUUUAUAGUAAUAAUUUGUUUACACCAGUUUGCCGAACAAUUCUUCAUUCAUUACGUUCUCGACAAUUUCUAUCUGUUAUUAAUGAUACAAAUCUUCAUAUGCCAAAUGAAUGUGUACUUAUACAUGAUUCUACUAUUAAAGAAAUUUUAACACCUGAAAUUUUAUAUAAUCAUUUGAAUUUAUAUUAUUUAAAAGAUGAUUUAUAUGAACAUGAAAAACAAUUAUAUGAACUUGGUGUACAUCGUCUCGGUCAUAAUGAAUUAAUUGAUGUUAUUAAACAGAUGUUUACAAGUGAGAUAACAUUUGAAAAUAAACAAAUUCUAUCAAAAUGGUUUUCAUGUUUAUAUCGAUGUUUAAAUGAACUUUCUUUAACUGAUGAACAAACAGUUUUGAAACAUAUACAAUUAUUAAAAAUUUUUCCAUUAAAAAAUCGUCGAGAAUUUAUUUCAUUAAAUAAUAUUAAUCAAACAAUAUUUUUUCCAUCAAAUAAUAUUCAUCUAUCAAAAUUAAUUGAAAAUGAUUUAUUAAUUAUUGAUGAAGAAUUAUGGAUGAAUUUUGAAGAAAAUUCACUUGAAAGAAUUCAAAUACAAACAUUACUUGAACGACUCGGUAUACAACGUUUAACACAUAGAAUUAUUUGUGAACAACAUAUAUAUCCAGUUUUUGAAAAUGAACAGUUAUGUAAAGAAAAAACAACAGAAAUUCUUAUUGCUUAUGUUAUGUAUAUUUUUGAUCUAUGGUCGAAACAGAAACAUUACAUUGAUAUGUCUCGAUUAAAAUCAAUUAUACAAUUAUUAACAAAUAAAAAUUUUCAACAACCAACUCAAACUUCCAUUCAUUUUACACCAAAAUAUGGUAAUCCGUAUGAUUUAUCGAAAGAUUUUAGUACCUACAAUUGGAUAUUACUUAGUGAUGAAUAUAUUAUGAAUAUUUCCUCAUCAAGUGAACGAAAAAAAUUACAUCAAUUUUUUUCUGAAUUAGGUGUUUCUGAUUUUCUAUUUCCAAUUAAUAAUUGGACAUAUGAACAAUUUGAUUCUUUAAUUAAUAUUCAAUCAAUAUCAAUUAAUAAACGACUUUUCACAAUUUUACAGGAAAAUUGGAUGAUAACAAAAGAAACUGAACUAUUUCUUAAACAUUUGAAAGAUUCUAUAUGGAUACCAACAAUUCAAAUGUCUUAUUCAUACAAUGAACAAAUAGAUCAAAUUGAAAUAAAUAAAAUUUGUAAAUUAAAUCAAUCAAAUAAUAUUUAUAUAAAAACCAAACAAAUUCAAAAACUCUUUGAACAACAUGUUACUUAUGUCGAUGUUGAGAUUGAUUCAAAUUCAUCAUUUGCAAAUGAUCUAGGUUUAAUUGAACAUAGUACAUUAGAUGAUGUUAUUUCAAUGUUAAUUCAUUGGUGUGAAAAAUCAAUUUUCUAUACUUCUCUAUCUCAUAUGCAAAAUAUUUAUAAUUAUAUUUAUCAAAAUAUGAGUAGAAAUGAAUUACAAGAUUUAAUUAAUACCAAACCUAUUUUCUUUGUACCUAUUGAUUCAUCAGUAGAGGGUAAAAAUAUUAUUCGUGGAAGAUUUGUUUCUUUAUCAGAAGUUUGUUGGUCAGAUUCAACGAAUCUUUUUAUUAAAUAUUCGUCAUCAUUCAAAACAAAUUCUCGUUUUAUAAUUGAACCUUAUUAUACUGAACAAAAAACAAUAUUUCUUGAUACUUUUGCCAUUUCAUUAAAUCCAACAGUUGAAGAAUAUAUUAGUUUAUUAGUUCAUAUUGCCUCAUUGGAAACAACAGAAGAAACUGUACAAGAUGCAUUUUCUAUCUUUAAAAUUCUUGGAAAAUGGUGCGAACAAUCAAAUCAGUUCAUAGAAAAACAAGAUUUACAAAAUAAACUAUCUCAUAAAUCAAUUUUUCCAACACGAGAUCAUCGUUGGGUAUGUCUAAAUGAUAAUCCAUUGAUAUCCGAUAAUGAUGAUAUUGCUCAAUUAUUUACUCAAAUAAAUAAUCUCCCAUUAAUUGAUAUACCAUCAUCUGAUAUUUUAGCAUUUUUUCAUCUAUGCGAUAUAAAAUCUCUUUCAUCAUCAAUAACAAUUGAACAUAUUAUUGAAAAUUCAUCGGAUGGAAUUACUGUUAAAAAUUUACUUUCACCACUUAUUCCUUAUAUACAAUUAUAUAUGAAAUCUCGUUCAGAAUUUUCUCAAGCAUAUCAAUGGACAAAAUCUAUUAAUAUGUCAUCAGUUCUUUUAAAUAUUCAAUUUAAUAUUGUUGAUUAUCUUCAAUUAAUUUAUCGAAUGAAAUCUAAUUCAUCAAUUUGUAUAAUUCAAGAAGAAAAAUCUUAUUAUAAUGAAAAUCAAAUGAUUUUUUAUGUUCAUCGAGAAUGGAUUGAAUAUUCAAAAUAUUAUCGAGAUAUAUUUCAUUCAUUUGCACGAAUAUUUAUACCAAAUCAUAAUAAUGAAUUAACACGUUCAUUAGGCAAUUUUAUGAAUUUAUUAUAUAAUGAAGAAGAAAAUAAUCUUGAAAUAUUUGCUAAAUAUCAACAAUUUGAUUUAGAAUUUAAAGAUUCAGAUGAUAUUCCAUGGGAAAUACCAUCAACAUCUACACAAAUCAAAUGUUAUGAACCAAAAAUUGAUCCAUCGAAUAGCAUUAUUUCUCGAUUUGAUAAUAUUCGUUCAGGUGGUUUGUCAUCAAUUGUUGAAACACCCUAUGAAAAUCUUGAACAACUUACUAAAAAAUUUAAUAUCGACGAUCUAACUCAUCAGGUACUUGAUAAUCGUGAUUCAACUAUUGGUUCGGAUCAAGUAUCAUUGGAUAAAAUUGGUCGCUGGGGUGAACAAUGGGUUAAAGAAUAUCUUCAUACAAAAUAUCUUGAUAAAAUUCAAUCAAAUGAAAUAGAAAUUCAAUGGUUAAAUGAAAAUUUCGAACAAGGAAAACCAUAUGAUUUUAUAAUUAAAAAUCUUGAAACAAAACGUACAAUUUAUAUUGAAGUCAAAAGUACAUUAAGUCAUAAUCGUCAAUUAAUACCAAUAACAUUUAAUGAAUUACAAUAUUGUUGUUCAUUGUCAGAUAUAAAUCAACAAUUUCAAAUCUAUCGUAUUUAUAAUACAGGUCAAUUAAAUAAAGUUAAAUUACGUAUUGUUGAAAAUAUCGAAGAAAAAUUACGUAAACAUGUUCUAGAAUUGUUUUUGUUAAUUUAA